ACCAGAAGAAGAAGAAGCUGUGUACCGCAUUGACUGACGCGUCAGAUGGUUUGUCAACAGAUCCUGUUGUUUAUUAAGUAUCUUAACUGAGCUUGUGCAUGGUGUGUGUUCUCGGGUCGUCUCGGUAAACGUGAAAUGCUGUUGCGUGUAUUUGAGCAGAGUUAGUUAACAUUACUGCAGGAGAGCGACAUGAACAUGGGAUCCAAAGGAAAGAAGAAGAAGAUGGUUCUUCCAACUCGACCUGACCCGCCUUCAGUGGAGCAGAUCAUUGAGGACAUAAACCGAGCCGAACCCAGUGAUCCACUCUUCGGGUUUUUACAAAUCCCAAAUGAAGCAGGAUCAACGAGCAAUGAAGUGGAGGCCCACUACAUGCAAAGCCGACACUACCUGGAACUGAACGAGCAGCUACAGGAGGCUCGCGCUAACCUAGCACGGAGAAGAGACGAGCUCAGGAUGGUGGGGGAGUCUUUAGAGCAAAGUGUAGCAGCUGUGAAGGACCGAGCACUCUGAUCUGUUAUCAUGUGCUCCUGCGGACUUUUUACUUCUUGGUAUUGACUUACUACGUGAAACGGCCAAUAUGGGGACUUAACUGCCUUUGGAAGUACUUCAGUGCCUCAAUCAAUGCACUGAUAUGUUUGCAUGUUAAAACAUCUUGAAGUCCUCCAUGGAUCACAAGACAUUUUCAGUCACUAUCUGAGGCCCAAAGGCAGCUUUGGGGGGGGGGGGAUAAUAAAAGUUAAAGGGAAAAUAAAGUUCAUGUUGUGGGGAUUUUAUGUGGAUAACUGUUGUGUAGAAAAACAGACUGGAUGCUGUGUGCCCAUAAAACACUGCACCAACAAAAACUA